AUGACUUUAUCAUCCAUUUGCAUCAUCAUUUUGGUCGUUCUUGUUGGGCGUUCAUCAGCUCAAAAUUGUCAACUUACGGUGCCCGCAAAUCCUUUGACUGCUCAAGGGCUUGCUACUCCUUAUCUACUCAGUGGAGAUGCUACAUGCAAGCAAGCCACUAUACCAAGCUUCGUCGAGGCCACCAUUGUCGAUACUAAAACUGGCGCCCUUUCUGUGUACAAUCCUCUCGUCAUUGACAUCAACACAAAACCUGGAAUUCCACCUGUUGUUCCAAACCUUGCUACUGGUGCUGUCGUUGGGAUCUGGUUUGGAACGAAUGCAGCCACCAUAACAUUGAUUAAUCCCGUCGGUGUCAAUGCUAUUGGACAAGGUCUUUGUGUAAAUGGCAUUCCUGGCUCUAUUUUUGGACAGUUUGCAGCGUGUAACGCUCCUGCCAUGUUUGCUGCUGCUACGGCUGCCAAAGUCGCAAUUCCACCACUUGGUGUUGGAUUGAACAAGUUGCCCUGUUAUACUACUCGUAGCUUCCAGAUUGUUGAUAUGGAUCCAUCGGACAAUGUGGUUGCAUCAUAUCUUGUUUUGGCAAAUGGAUUGAUUGCUCAAUCUACUGCAGUAAAUAAGAAGGCCAAUGCUAAUGCUACUGAGAUCAACAAUGGAAGUGAUAAUCUCUUAUUGGAUGUUGCUAUGAGACCAGCUUUGAACUGCACAGCUUUUGUCGCACCUGACUUGACCAAUCCUGGAUUCAUGAAAGGCUCUCUUGCGUUGAAUGAACUUCAAGCAGCCAAGUUACAAGCUGCGCCUAUUGCUCGUGUACCUCCUGCAGAUCCUAUGUGUCUGGCGAAUGGAGCUCUCAAUGCUACCAAACUCAAUCUCUACAGAGCUUCAGUCAAUCAACCUGCUACUGCUGCCAAAAACUUGACUGCUUUGACAGCAGUUGAUACCAAAUUUUGCAAGAACUUCUUGGCUACUGGAGCAUCUUCCAUCAAGACUGACAAACCAUUUACCAUGGGAAAACCAUCUCCUGCUCCUGCUGUAGCUAUUGAUCUCUUCACCUUUCUGGCUCAACGUUUUGCAAUCUCCUUUGGUGCUGGUGGGCUCAACUGUAUUGGGUUGUUGAAUAUGACGACACCUCCAAUUGUUCCUGUAAUGGAUGGCAAAGGAGUAACAGUCAAUGUCACAUUCAAGAUUUGA